AUGGAAAGUGUUAGUGGUGUUACUGGUGUAUCUGGAACCCAACCUGAGUUGGAAGCACCUGCUGUAGAGACUGUUACUCCUCAGUCUCAGCAGCCUUUGCCUCCACCUGUUCCAAAGAAAAGGAAAGAUGUUGAAUCCAGGGCUCCAUGUUGGGAUCACUUUGAAAAGAUCAAAGACAGUGAGGGCAUUGUCAUCAAAGGAAAAUGUAUAUAUUGUGCAAAAGUGUAUUGCUGUGAGACCAAGAAACAUGGGACUUCUUCUCUCAGACUUCAUGUGGUAAACUGCCUUAAAAAUCCUCACUCUAAGGAGACAAAGCAGUCCCUACUCACAUUCCAACCUGCACCUUCUUCUGAUGGAACUCAAAGUAGUGAAGGAACUGAAGGGGUGUUGGGUACUUGGGUGUUUGAUCAAGACUUGAUAAGGAGAGCCUUAGCUGAGAUGAUUAUUUUAGAUGAACUUCCUUUUAGGAUUGUUGAGGGACAGGGUUUUAGAAAGUUUGUUUUAGUUUGCUGUCCUAGGUUUAAAAUCCCUUCAAGAUGGACUAUCAGUAGGGACAUUUUCAAGAUAUUUUCUGAUGAGAGGGUCAACUUGAAGAAGUUUUUUAGGACUAGCAGUCAGAGGGUAAGUAUCACAACUGAUACUUGGACCUCAGUCCAGAGAAUAAACUACAUGUGCAUAACUGCACAUUUCAUUGAUAGUGAGUGGAAGCUGCAAAAGAAGAUUAUUUCAUUUGUUCCUAUAUAUUCCCACAAGGGGGAAAGUAUUGCAAAGGCUUUAGAGAGUUGCCUUUUGGACUGGGGUCUAAAAUCAGUGUUUAGUGUGACAGUAGAUAAUGCUUCCAGCAACGAUACUGCCCUAGGAUUCUUGAAGAAGAAGUUGGGCUCUUGGGGUUGUACUGCUGUUAGGUGUAAGUAUUUGCACAUGAGGUGCAUUGCUCACAUUCUUAACUUGGUGGUACAGGAUGGGUUGAAAGAAUGUGACAGUUCUGUUAAGAAAGUCAGGGAUGCUGUUAGGUAUGUGAGGAGCUCACCUGCUAGGUUGCAGAAGUUUAAAUCACUAGCUGAUCUAAUUGGGGUGGAAGCUAAGAAUUCUCUGUGUCUAGAUGUCCCUACAAGGUGGAAUUCCACAUAUAUGAUGCUUAAUACUGCAUUACUGUUUCAGAAGGUAUUUGAAGCAUAUGAUGAUCAUGACAAUUCAUUUAAAUCUGAUUUGGGUGGAAGUGUACCUGAUUUCUUAGAUUGGGAAUCCAUUCAAUCUUUGGUUAUGAUUCUGAAAUCUUUUUAUGAAAUGACUGUUAGGAUUUCUGGAUCAUUGUAUGUGACUUCUAAUACCUUCUUCUCUGAGAUUUCUGAUUUGUCUUGCUUGUUGAAAAAUAUGGAGGAAGCUACAGAAGAUAGUGUUAAACUGAUGGGUAAAAAUAUGAGGGCAAAAUUUGAUAAGUAUUGGGGUGAGCCUGAAAAAAUGAAUUUUUUGAUAUUCUAUGCAAAUAUCUUAGACACCAGGGACAAAAUUGAGUAUAUGCCCAUUCAGUUUAACCAGUUAUAUGGUGAGGACAAGGGUAAAUAA